AUGGAUACAUCAGGAAAAACGGAUUAUUGGCAUCAACAAGAUGUUAAUCAAACAGCCAAAGCACAUUUAAAAUUACCUGUUAAUUCUCAAGUAAUAUCUCAUUAUGAUGGAGCCGUUCAUUAUUACGAAGGUAUAAAUGGUAAUAAUAAUCCAUUAAAACGUAGUUAUUCAGGAUCAGAUCAAUUAGCUUCACCAUUUAAAAAACGUCAAUUUAUUCAACCAGUAAUAUCACAAACAACAGUACAAACUCAAUCAUCAUCAGUUGAUCAUAGUGAUGAUGAAGAUGAUGAUGAUGAUGAUGAAGGUGAUUCAAUGAAUAUGAAUAUUUCAAGUGGUAUUAUGGAAAAAAAUUCUGGAACAAAACGAGAUGAUAAUCGAAGACGAGCUGCUCAUACAGCGGCUGAACAAAAACGUCGAAAUGCCAUUCGAAAAGGAUAUGAUGCUUUACAAAAUCUUGUACCCAAUAGUCAUUUACUUGAUCCAAUUAGUUCACAAAAAGUUAGUAAAGCAGCAAUACUUAAACGAUCUACUGAUUAUCUUAUUCAAUUAACUAAAGAACAACAACAAUUAAGUAGUCAAUUAGAAGCAAAAAAUAAAGAAAUAUAUUGUUUACGUGCAGUUCAAAAAACGUAUGAAGAAAUUCUUGAAAUGAAUAUGAAUUCAAUGAAAAAUGCUACUAAAACAAUUGAUGAUGAACAUAAAUUUAAAGUGUUUCAAAAUAUUGCCGAUGCAAUUUUUAUUAGUUUUGAUCAAGCAAUGGAAUCAGGACAAAUAACAGAUUUUUCUCAAUUUGCAUCAACUAUUCUUCGUUGGGUUGAAGAUUCAUGUCGACCAUCGGAUAUUACUGAUCUUAUUCGUCGAGUUAUUGGAAAUUGA